AUGCGAGUUCCAGGACGUCAUUUAGAAGAAGACGACUUGAUCGCUGGGACAACAUAUUUAUUCACCUGGCUUUUCGAGAUCCAUCGUGUAUUCGUUAUCACAGGCAUAAAGAAGGAGCAGUGGCAGAUGCCCAGCGAUCGAGUCGUCUUCUUCUCAGAAGGCAUCAUAAUUUUGAGUCAUGUGAUGAAGAAACUAGCCGACCUGCAAACAAACAGAGCAGCUCUCCUGUCGCUGAAAACCAAACUUAAGGAUAAUGUGACUUCACGCAAACAGAGGCUUCUCGAACAAGUGACAACAGCGGCUGACCAGUUAUUUAAUGUCAACCAAACUUCUCUUAAAAACACACAAAUUUUCUUGGAGUCAACUUUCGCCAAGGAGGAGACGGCAAUUCAGAAGAUGAAAAGCAACUUGGCAAAGUUGAAGAAAAUGCGUACUGAUCUGUGGCAAACGGCGUUCAAUAUACGUAAAGAGGUGAGUUGCAAGAAGCGCCGUCAUGCUUCAUUAGCAAUUGCAAGUCUGUCUUGUUUCACCAUCAACACUGCCUUACAUCACUCAGAGAUAGGCCCCGGCACAAUGUGCGAUAGGGCGUUUUGCGUAGAUUUAUGUUCUUUCAUAGGACUUGGGACCGCAUUCACUGCAACGGAGGCGUGGAAUCGAUAUUCAAAUAUUGUUAAAUUGAGCUGGAAAUGUGUUUUCCUCCAAAUCGUCUGUGCUGAAUAUCCUUUAACUUGUUUUGGUUGA